AUGCGGACGUGGCGUGAAGCGUUGCAACGACAUGCGCUCUGGGAACACCGCUCCGAUGUGACGGCCUCCGAGGCUGAUACGGCACAGCGUACCUCUUUGCUGGCGAUGCGUGGCGCGGAUAUGCUCGCGGUCGUGCAAAACCAAGUGCGUAUGACGAAUGUGGCACAGGCCAAGCGCCAAUUCGAGGAAGAGAGCGAGAUCGCGCCUUCGUACAAGAUCCUAUCCUCCUCGCUGCUGGACUUCCCAAUCCAGGCCUUGGCCGUGAACCCCACGGGGAAACUUUUGGCGGUGGUUGGCGCCUAUACCAUGGUCCUGAUCAUCCUACCGCGGCGUGGCUACAUGAAGCAGGUCGGCACACAUAUCCUUGUAAAAGCGGUGCGUAUUGGCUCGUACUACCAUGGCUUGCAUGGAUGUCCACGCAUCGCGCAGUGUGCGUGGCACCCGCUCGGCAUGAAUGGCACUAGUUUGAUGGUGCUCACAGACGAUGGUCUAUUGCGUGAAUACGACGUCGCACAGGACGUGGAAGAGCCGGCACAGACCGUCUCGGUACUGUCGCAGGCCACGACGCCACGCAGCAAGGCGGCCUGGUCUGCAGACGAUGACGACGAGCAGUGUGCAGUCGCCAUGGCCUUUGGGCCGCAAGGCCUGGGCCUAGCGCUGCCGUACGACGAACCGGCCGAUCACACUGACGAGGACCGCGAUGCUUCAUGGCCCAGCUGGCUCUUGUUCACGGUGUUUGUGCUUACACGCAGCGGCGAUAUCGUUGCGCUGUGUCCCUAUAUGCCGAGACACGCCAUGCUCCCACGCCGUGCCUUGUUGGCCUUGGCAGCGUCGGAGGCACGUGAGCAGGAAGGCCGGACCUUGGCCGUGCGCUACCUGAGCGACUUGGUCCAGCAAGCGACGACGGCCGUAAACCACGACGAGGACGCAGCACAAGACGAUGCCUCCACGACGAUGCCUGCAUGGCUGCCUGUUACGGCCCCUGCCUCGGUCCCGCAUCGCAUAGCGCCGCAAGGUCCAUUUCUCCAGCGUCCGUCGCCGUUGGAAGGCGACGAUGAGCUGGGCCCAAGCGCCUGUGAUCUUUGGCUUACAUGCGUGCGCGCCGACCAGGGCCAGACAUCGCUUCCCGUGCUGUGCCUCGCCGAGCGAGAUGGACGUAUGCACAACAUGGUCCUGGCCACGACGAUGCGGCCACAGUGGGUAUCGAGCAUCGCUGAGAGCGGUACCUCGAGUACGCCUACACCGACGCUGGCCGUGUAUGAAUGCCUGGACCUAGGUCUGCCAGUGCCGCGCUCAACGCUCCUCACGACGAACUAUCUACGCCUUGUCCCUGAUCCGUUAUACCCCGACACUGUGUUUGUCUCGCAUGGCUACGGCGCGCAUGUGGUGAGUAUCCAGCCAUGGGCCUCUGCCUUGGCCGACGCGAUGCAGACGCAGGACAAAGCGCAGACGCAUGCUGCCGUGCAGGCGCAUACACGCAGCGACGUCAGUGCAUUGGUCCGCUUAGAGGCUGACGACCGUGCGCCGAUGGCAGGGAUGUGUGUGCUCAACGAUGUGUAUGUUUCGUAUACGUUGUUUGUGUGUACGUCCGACGCGCAGCUGGCCGCGCUGGAGCUGCGGCUGCGAUCCACGAUGGCGUGGCCCGAGGACGAGCAGGCGCGUGAGAUAAAUGCCCGUGGCUACCAAAGCGUGCUGACGGAACCCUUCGUGACGCCCACCGCCUUGACGCACGCAGGCAAGGCGGUGGCUGCGACGUCGGCGCCUCUGACAGUGACGCCCGCCACCCUUCGUGCGCUAGGCCAGGCUGCCGAGGCCCUCCGGCAGCAAACACGCGACGUAGCUCAAGCUGGCCAGGCCGUGCAAACGCGCGUCGCACAGCAGCUGGCGGAGAUGCAGCGCCAAGUGACGCAGCUCGCGGAUCUCGCGCAACGAGCGGCGGCCCUACGCACAGAGACUGUGGCCGCGCGCCUGGAUCGCAUGGAGGCGGCGCAGCAGGCGAGUGUGCGCCGCUUGGAUACACUGCUGCAGCAUCUCAUGGACGAGCAUACGCCGCAGCUCUCUGUGUACGAAAAGCGGUGGUUUGAUGAACUGCAGCGCAUGUCGCGUGAGUUUACGCAGGACGGCCGGACCAGCGCCAAAGAGCACUUGCUCAAGUUGUCCCACCAAUUGGACGUCCUUCGACCGCAUCUACGCAGCUACGCCGAACAGCAUGCCGUGGCGCGUGGACAGCAGCUGGGGACCAAGCAGCAGGCGCGUAUCGAGAGCACGCUCGCCAAAGAAGCACAACUACUGGCGCAGGCCCGCGUCAAAGUGCAGCGGCUGCAGCAGGCCCUGCAAGCACACAAGGCCUAA